AUGCGCCGGCUCCCGGGAGUGACACUGGUUUUGCAGCAGGAGCUGCAGAAGGUUGGACGUGGUGCCCCCACGAGACAGAGCCUCUUCCUGCUGCCACGGGGCCUGGCCUUCUCGCCCUCCCUGCCCGGCAAGCAGAGCAACAGAGCGGGACCGGCCGGCGACCGCGGAUGGCGCAGGCGGGGCGACGCGCGCCGGCGCGGACCCCGGGAGCCCCAGGCCGCGCCCUCGCCGCCGCCGCCUGCACGCCGCGCCUCGCCCUCGCCCGCGUCGCCCGCCGCCCCGGAGCCCCCCGGGCGGCCGCAGCCCGCGCCGUCCGAGGCCUGCGCCCGGCAGCUGCUGCUGCAGGAUUGGGCGCCGCUGGGCGGGGGCCUGCGCCUGCCCCCCAGCCUCUCCUGGAACGUGCUCCUGCUGCGGAGGCCGCUCUACCGCAACCUGCUGCGCGCGCCAACCCCGAAAGGCAUCAACAUUUAUGAGCCAGCGCCCCCUACCGGUCCCACGCAGCGACCCCUGGAGACUCUGGGCAAUUUCCGAGGAUGGCACAUUAGAACUGAAAUGCUCCACAAGGACCUAAGCUGGACGGUGAAGCAGCAGUGCGUGGACCUUCUGGCCGAGGGCCUGUGGGAGGAGCUGCUGGAUGACGAGCAGCCGGACAUCACGGUCAUGGACUGGUUCGAGGACAGCCGGCUUGACGCGUGCGUCUACGAGCUGCACGUGUGGCUGCUGGCAGCCGACCGCCGCUCGGUCAUCGCGCAGCACCACGCGGCGCCGCGGACCACCGGGAGAGGCGCCCCAGGCUGCUGGGUGCAGGUGUCCCACGUGUUCCGCCAUUACGGCCCUGGCGUGCGCUUCGUCCACUUCCUGCACAAGAGCAAGAACCGCAUGGUGCCCGGCGGCCUGCAGAGGACAAGGGUGACCGACUCCUCCGUGUCCGUGCAGCUCAGGGAGUGACAGGCCGAGCCUGUGCCUGUCGCGACCCCACAGCACCGCCCGA